GGGAGCUACGCAGCAGCCAAGGCCGGCGAGUGGUUGUGGGGGUGACAGGGAAGGUGACAUGAGGGCAGCAUCCCCUCCAGCAGCAGAGAGAAAGCCUCUCUGCUUGGCCAAGGCCGGGACGCUUCUCCUCUGCUCCGUCCCCAUCUCAAGGCUCUUGAGUUUGAGCUGGUGGGUUGGCAAUGAGCCUCCUGUGUGCCCAAAGCUCCUGAGAUAGAUCUGAAGGUUGUGGCCCCCCCGGAGCCCUGUGUUUGUGAGCCUGAUGGCAAGAGGCAAAGUCAGGGGCAGAUUGGUGCUGUGCCCGUGGUGUGCAACAGGAGAGCUGGGUGCUGCCCUUGUGUUGUUUCUGUAGUGUGGGAAAAGCCCUUUGGAGCUAGGCCUGGAGCAGGACCUCCCAGCACCCCCAGGGCUUCCUCUUAGCAGAACUUUUAAAUCCUGGUGUUUGUGUGUUUGAAAACAAGAGUUCCUGUCAUGCACCAGCAACCAGUGUGACCGCUCGUCCCUCGGCUGGUUCUCCCCGGCCUCCUGGGGACCUCCUGGGGCAGCAAGCUCAACUCAAGGACUCUUGCCUUAACCUCAAAUUUGAAGAGCCUACUUUCAAUCUGUAAUUAAAAGCCUCUUGAGGAGCAAAACUCGGGAAAGGGAGGAAGACAUUCAGUCUCUUGGAUGAAGAGAAGCAUUUAUAUCCAAUCCCAUGACCCUUUGAUCCAACUGGUGCCUGUUUGUGUUCGGUGCUGCCUCCUGAGCAGCCUGAGCCAUGUGUCUGUCCCCAUACCUGUGCCUGGAGCAUCCAGCAGUCCCGGAGCAGCUCGGGUAGGACGUCAGAGCAGGAGCAAAUGAGGUCAGAUGAGCAUUGGGAUCCUCUGCAAGUAUCCAGGGACGAUUGUUUCCCAUCCGGCUCCCUGGCCGGAUCAUCUUCCCUCCUCGCAUAGUUUCAGUUUCCCUGCCUGCCCGGUGUCACUGCUGGCUCCUCUAGCAGAGGCUGAACGUGACUUCCAUGGUGCAAAAGUCAUCUUUGUGCCUCAGUUUGUAGUGGGGCUCCUUCUUUCCUGGAGACACGGCUGUCUGAGGGACUUGUAAAUCUUCCUGGGAGGGUUUGGGCAGCAGCCCCGGGCUGCAGGUGGAAGGAAACUAUAGGGAUCAGCAUCGUCUCUUCAUGUGACAAGGUGUGAGAAACUGGAAACUGGUGUGAGCUGCCCCGUGGCUGCAGGUGGGAGCCAAGGCCACGGUGGUGAGAGGAGCUGCAGAUCCCCAGGCAGUCAGCAGCUUCCCCACGGCAUCGCUUCACCGACCCCUUCAAGAACCUGUGUGGCCCUGCUGUCAGGAGUGUGAUCUGCAGCAGCCUUGCUGGCUCUGGUGCUUUUUUGCCAAUCUCUUUGAACCCUGCAGGGGCUCAGACAGAAACACGGCACUGGCUGUGUGGUUUCUGUACCUACAAAGGGUUAGCACCCUCAGGACAAUGUUCCUCCUGCUUUCCAGCCCUGUGGCUCUGUGCUUCCCCAUCUGAAGCUGCGGGACAUCCUCUUGCUGCAGGAAGGACUCCUGCCCUGCUUUUUUGCCCACAGCAGAGGAUGCUCUCGAGCAUCUGGUGCUGCAUUUUAAUUCCUUUUUGUGUGCUGUUAAACUACAGCUGAGCACCCUGUUUCCUUCCUGGUUCGUGCACCUACUUACUUCCCACCGGCAAACUGGAAACCAGCAGAGUACAUGCGGUACCGGUUCAGCGUUCCCUCCCUUCAUCCCCGCGCUGCUGCCUGGUCGUGCGCCGAGGAGGGAAGGAAAGAGCUCCAUGGCAGGACAGCUUUGCCAGGGAUGAAGCCUGUGGCAUGCUUGCUCUUGGGAUUCUCUUUUGCACGUCGCGUGGAGCCGAGAACAGCGAGUCGAGCUGUGUGGCUGGCUGCAAACUAGGAAUUACAUACGGGACUGCCCUGCCCGCCUUUUGCAUCGAAGAUGGCGGGUGGCGUGGACGGCCCCAUAGGGAUCCCGUUCCCCGAUCACAGCAGCGACAUCCUCAGCAGUUUGAAUGAGCAGAGAAACAACGGACUGUUGUGCGACGUGGUCAUCUUGGUGGAAGGCCAGGAGUUCCCCACCCACCGCUCCGUCCUGGCAGCCUGUAGCCAGUACUUCAAGAAGCUCUUCACCUCAGGGUUAGUGGUGGACCAGCAAAACGUGUAUGAGAUAGACUUUGUGAGUGCAGAUGCCUUGUCGGCUCUGCUGGAGUUCGCUUACACCGCGACCCUCACUGUCAGCACUUCCAACGUCAACGACAUCCUCAACGCCGCCACACUGCUGGAGAUCCCGGCGGUAAGGGAUGUUUGUACAGAUCUCCUGGACAGGAAGAUUCUGGCCAAAAAUGACCAGAUGGAUACAGUAGAUCAAAUUGAUCAGAGGAACCAUCUCAGAGCAAAAGAGUACCUGGAGUUCUUCCAGAGCAACCCCGUCAAUGGCCACCAAGGCAGCUUUCCGUGGACCAACCCAGAGUUGAGAGACCUUCAGAAACUGAACUUCCAAUGCAAAGAGGAGGAGGAGGAGCUGGACUGCAAUGGCAUGGACUUCUACUCGCAAGCCUCCCUAAAUGAAAGACCAAAGGCGAAUGACUGUGAUCCUGACAGCAACCCAGCCAUGUGGCUGGACAGAGAGGAGGAGGAGGCGGCGGCGGCGGCAGCUCCUGGCUCCUUGUUUUCACCUUCUCAGAACGGACAUUACAGCAGCCGUGGCCUGCCCACACCAGGAGAAGAGGAGGGGACCCCGGGGGGGCCUCUAGACCAGCAGGAAGCCGGCGACUCUCCCAGCUUCGUUCCUGUUGGAUCGGAGAUGGAGGAUGACGUGAAGGUGGAGGAUGGCUUGGCUGCCAGUGCCCUGCUGCAGCAAAUGAUGAAUUCCGUGGGGAGACAGCAGCUCGGGGAGGAUGACCGAAAGGAUGACGACGGGGUCAUGGAUUAUUACUUGAAAUAUUUCGGCAGUUCGAGUGAGGGCGAUGUCUAUCCGUCCUGGUCCCAGAAGGUGGAGAAAAAGAUCAGGGCAAAAGCAUUCCAAAAGUGCCCCAUCUGUGAUAAGGUGAUCCAGGGGGCUGGCAAGCUGCCACGCCACAUCCGCACCCACACUGGGGAGAAGCCCUACGAGUGCAACAUCUGCAAAGUCCGAUUCACCAGGCAGGACAAGCUGAAGGUCCACAUGAGGAAGCACACGGGGGAGAAGCCGUACUUGUGCCAGCAGUGCGGCGCCGCCUUCGCUCACAACUACGACUUGAAGAACCACAUGCGCGUCCACACCGGGCUGAGGCCCUACCAGUGCGAGAGCUGCUUCAAGACUUUCGUCCGCUCCGACCACUUGCACAGGCACCUUAAAAAAGAUGGAUGCAACGGGAUUCCAUCCCGGAGGGGCAGGAAGCCCCGGGUGAGAGAUGCUGCCGGGGGUUUGCCUCCUACCCCGACGGGGAACCCCGAAGAUGGAAGUUUUCAAGCCGGUGGGGAGAGUCAGGAAUCAGAGGACACCCUGCAGGGGAACGGGCAGGAGCAGCAGCACUUUGAGGAGAAUUCAAAUAAUGAAGCAUCAGGAUUGAAUGUAGCAGGAGGGUCGUCUGAGGGUAACACGCAAGGACUCUCCUAAACCAAAAAAAAACAAAAGAAAACAAACAAAAACAAAACAAAAAGAAAAACAAAACAGAAAGUGUCACAAAAUCUAGUUAGUACUUUUCCUCCGAUUUUUCUCUUUAAAGAUGUUUCUCUCCCUUUUUUUAAGAAAAAAAAACAGAAAAAAAAAAAAUAUAUAUAUAUUAUGUUUCCAAUCUUCCCAUCGUAAGCAGGGCUCCCCCAAGGAUCCCUCAGUAGCCAAGGACCUUUUUGUGGCAAGGCAGAGGCUAGGAAGCACGGGGUGGGGAUGGAAAGUGGCUCUGUGGCAUGGAAAAGAGCUUCCAUGUAAAUCCAAAGCUUUAUUUUGUGUCCAAACACACGUUAAAAAAACAAAACACACACAAAAAAACAAACAAAAACCUAUUUCAGAGAGAGAUC